CAGGGUAUGGUGAAGUUUGAUAUUGAGAUGACUAAAAAGUAUGGACCUGUCCACGGAGUUUAUUUCGGCAGGCAGCCCCUCAUGACCAUCUACGACACGUCCAUCUUGAAGCAGAUCAUGAUCAAGGAGGCCCAUCUCUUUCCUAAUCAUUUUAAUACUGGCCUAUUUCCUCCGUUUUUGGAUAAUUUUUUGUUCCUGUUGAAAGAUGAACACUGGAAGCACGUGAGGAGUGUUUUCAGUCCCAUCUUCAGUAGUGGCAAGAUGAGGAAGAUGACAGGUAAAAUAAACAAAUGCUGCAAAACUCUUUGCAAAAAUUUAAAAGUGCAGGCUGAUAUGAAAAGAACUUUUGAUUUGGAAAGAAUAUACGACGCCUUCACAAUGGACAUGAUAGCCAGUGUGGGAUUUGGAGUCUCCAUCGACUCCCACAACGAUCCCAACAAUCUCUUCGUCAGGAUGGCCAGGAAGUUGAUUGUGAACAAGUUAACAUUGGGCCUCGUUUUAAAGUUCGUGGCACCCUGGUUGUUGAAACCUCUCACUCGCCUCGGCGUUCCAUUGUUUGAGGAUGAUUACAUCCACUUCUUCACUGACGUCAUCAAGAGGACCAUCAAGCAAAAAGAUGACGAUACAGCUGAUGGACCACAGAAAGACCUGGACCUUCUGCAGAUGCUUAUCGAUGCUCAACGUGCAAGUGCCAAUGAUGAAAAUCUCAAAAGAAAUAAUGAUAAUAAAAAUAAUAAGGAUGAUGAUGACGAUGAUGAUGAUAAUAACGCUGAUUACAAACCUAAAAAUGAUAUGUCCUGGAAUGAUUCGUCGGCGCACCCUAAAGGCCUCUCAGACGAAGACUUGUUGGCUCAGAGUUUGCAAUUCUUCUUGGUCGGUUUUGAGACGGUGUCCGCAGCUCUUUCCUAUCUGUGUUACAACUUGGCCUGCCACCAAGAACAUCAAGAAAGACUGUUCAACGAGGUCGUUCAGAUCAUUGGGAAUGAGGAUCCGACAUACGAUUCAAUCAAACAACUAACCUACCUGGACAUGUGCCUCAAUGAAACUCUCAGAAUGUUUCCUUUUGCCACCAGGGCUGACAGGGUCGCCUCACAGGACGUCACCAUCAACGGGUUGUUUAUUCCUAAAGGCAUGGUUGUAGGCAUCCCCAUCAACCUCCUUCACAGUGACCCUGAUUACUGGCACGAACCUCACGUCUUCAACCCGGAAAGGCAAGGACAUCAUUAUAAUUGGAAGGUCAACACUGUAGACCCCAUGCGAUUCAUACCCUUCGGAGCUGGUCCAAGAAAUUGUGUGGGCAUGAGACUAGCCAAAUGGGAAAUCAGAUGGCCGUUGUCCACCUCAUCAGAAAAUUCCGGUUUGGUGUUUCUGAAGAAACCGACGUAA